GCCGGGUCGCGGGUUGCCUGCGGCGCAGUUGGGCGCGCGGCGCGAAUCUCUCCCGUCGGCUUGGCAGGCCUGGCGGCCGGACCAUGGCGGGGGGAGGGAGGGGAAGUCCCGACGUGUGUGUGCGAGCAUCGAGCGCCGCCAUGACAUCACGCAUCCGGCGGGCUCGCCGCCAGCUGCCAGCUGCCUGUCUCCUCUCGCGCCAUGUCGUCGCAGUCGUCGGCGUCGGCCAGCGCGUCGGCGGCCCAAAGCAGCAAGCGCGGCGCGGACCUGUGCAAGGAGUACGACUGCUUCGAGCGGGAGGCCGAGCUGUACCUGUUCACGCGCCCCGUCGACCAGAGGCUGCCCGACUCCGUCCAGUACCACCACUGGGCGCUGGUGUUCCACUUCGACGGCAACGACGUCAGGACCGUCGAAGGUUUUGGAGACGAAGAUGACAAUAUUUUGUUUGCACACUACACGAAGGAGAAGCCGAAAGAUGAAGGAAAGUACUUUGCUCUCGGCAAGGUACUAAGUUCACCUACCAAAGUCUUGGAGAUGGCCAAGUCGAACGAUUACAACUACAAGUCAUACACGGCCACCUGGCAGAACUGUCAGACGUGGGUGAAAUGGAUUGCCGAACAGCUGGGAGAAGAAGUUGUCAAAAAAAUUAACGACUUCAAAACUCUGAAACAGGCCAACCCCUUCGUAGCUAUAGCUGGAAAAAAGAUAUCUGUAGGAAGCAGGCAAUUGAGUAGCGCUUCUAAAAGCGUAAGUAAAUCUUCAUGAAUGCAAAGAGACAAUGCAAGUUUGUGUCUUAGAGCUGUGGUAUUUUUAGUUCUUAUGAUGAAAUUCAAUUUUAUUAUGUUAAUGCCAGAAAUGAAUGCUUUAUUAUUUUGUGCCAUGCCAACAUUUUUAGCUUUGAACUUUCGUUCACUCCGGAAAUGUAAUUUUUGACCUUAAUCGUAAUUAUAUAAAACUGUAUGGUGUUACACAUCUUCCUUAAUUAAUAAAGAUCCUACAUGAAUUUAGAAAGCUGGAAUUCUAGAGGUCUGGGUUAUUUCCAUCCAAAACCUGUAUACGAUACUAAUAUGCAAUUUUGUACAGUUAUAUGUUUUAAGGUCUCAAUUUUUAGAACAGAACUAAUUUGAAAAUAAAAAAUCUUUGGCAAAAAUUUAAAAAUGCUACACUUUAUGUUAGGACUACACUAAACAUUUUGGGAAUAUCAAAAUAAGCAUAAAUUUUAUUUGCGCUGAUUAAUGUGGACUUAAAAGUAAUGUAAACAUUUCUGCAAAUACUGAUUAAUAAGAAAGUUAGGUUUUUAGCUUUAAAAAAUAUAAUAUACAGCUCACUUACACACACACCCCUGAUUAUGCAUCUAUUUUCUUUGCAGCUGCAGAAGAUCAUUCGCAGGGGAUUUUCAGGUGCUGGUAUCAUUUUAUUUAUGGUGGUAUGAAAAGACACACUUACCACCAAAAUAAUUGUGUUUUUCUGAUGACCUAGUCACUUCUGGAUGUUCAGAUAUCAUCAAGUAUAAAUUCUUUUGGCAGGUAGAAUUUGUAGAAGGCAGUGUUGGCGAUUCAAUUAAAGUAGUGUUAAUUUAUUUGCAACGAUCAUUCUAUUGGCUUAGACCUGAGGUUAAUUAUGAUAAUAUAAUAAGUUUGGUUUUCCGUUGCACAUGUCAGUGACAAAAUCACUAAAAUACUAACAGUUUUUUCAUGUACCUUUCCGCCAUUUACAGAGAUGACAUUCCAUGCAGAUUCGUUUUCUGGAUGCAGCUCAUACAGUACCUGGCUCAGAGAAAACAAAUUAUUUACUAAUGCUCAAUGCAAAUCUUCAAGAGGAUGACUACUUAUUCGCUCCACUUGAAUAGGUGGUUAUCGAGCAGAACAGGACAAGGCAGCUUACUGGCUGUUCAAGCUGAAAACAUCUGAAUGAAGAGCCGCACACUGCACUAACUGCAGUCGCUGCACCAGAAGCUGCAGUUGGAGCAGCUGUGGCGGCUGCAGAUGCUGAAGAGAAGCGCCCUGCCAGUGAGGGACGAGAUGAAGAACUUCAAGCAGUAUUGAUGGAGCCUUGUGUCGGAGAUAUGACUCCUAUUAUCCUGCGUGCCAUCUGCUGGGCGCUCGGGCUUGAGACGUUCACUGUCUCAGUGUCUGGAAGAAGCCCGAACGCUGUCGAAGUGCACUUCAAGCGAUCUGCACCAGCUUCAGUUUACAGCGGGCUCGUCAUCGCUUCCCAAACUGUGUUCUGGGCCCACAGAUUGGCAUACUACGUAGGUCAAAACUGGACCGACGUAGAAUUCACCUGGUCGUCUUCGUCGUUGGUUACAGCAUUGUACGUGGCCACCUUGACUAGUUUGGUGGGCAUGAAUAUCAACUACGGCCACAGGCGGCAGAUAGUGCAAACUCUCUGCCAUGUUGACCAGGGAUUAGGUCCAAACCUUCGUAAUUACGGCGGGAGCAGAAAUUUAACAAAGAUGACCACAAUCUUUCUUUCUUAUUUCACAAUUCAAGGUUUUAUGGAACUAUGGGUGCUGUGGCUGCAAUCAUAUUUGUUUACACUCAUUAACGUCGCAUGCUUUAUCAUAUAUCACCUGAUCUUUGUGACUGUUUCGCUGAACUACACGUGUUGGGUUCUUCUUGUGAAGCAGCGUCUCGUAAUCUUGAACAGGGAACUGGGGAACGUAAGUAGCAAUUUUUCAUUACACAAUUUUUUGCGGGAGUUUGAACCAACAACGCGCAUCACAAGGAUAAAUGUUUUACACAAUGUGUCCUUAGGAACUCACAACUUACAUUCUGCAGCUCGAAUCUUAAGUAUAAGAGUUACUUAUGAAAAACUCUGCAAAAUUAUAGACCUGAUAAACGUUGCGUAUGGAAUUCAAGUUCUUUCUCUUAUACUGGCCGUUCUUGUGGUAAUCACAAAUGGAAUUCAUCUCGGAGUAUACAUAAAAUUUAAUUACCCAAACACAUCGUUUUCAAUGUUUUAUGUCUUCAUCUCCCGGUCUAUGUUGUAUUUGUCUGCAAUGGUUCGCGUCAUCUCGAGCUGUCACGGCGCCAACUUGGAGGUUUCGCGCACAGUGGAUAUCAUCCAGGAUUUUCUUUCUGGAGGUACACUCGACGAAGAUAUCACAGAGCAACUGAAGAGUUUCCACCAUCAGAUCUCAAGUAGAGACGUUUCUCUCAGCGCUGGCAACUUCUUCAAAAUUGACUACAUUUUAUUUGGUUCCAUGGUAAUUUCUGGUUUAAAUUACUUAAUUAUUCUUUUUCAAAUGACUUUUUCAAAAGUAAAUAAAAAACCUUAGAAGAAAAAUUAUUCCUUAUGCACAUAACGAAAUUUUAUAUGAGUUGAAGUUUACAUGUAUUAAAAGUUAAUAGCACACAUGAUUAUCACAUGCAAGAGAAACGCCGUAAAGCCACUCAAGUAUAAUUUAAUAGAGGUGUACUUUUAGAAAAGUUAAU